GACAGGGGGCCACCGCGGAGGUCCUAGUUCGGGAUCCUGCCUCAAAGGAGUGGAAGCCCGGGGUCACCCUUCUUGCCUCUUUCUUCUCCGUCGAGUGUCGGCAAGGUGUUGUCGCCGGCUUCCGCAUCCGGGAUGAAGAACUACAAAGCAAUUGGCAAAAUAGGCGAGGGAACGUUUUCUGAAGUCAUGAAGAUGCAGAGCCUGAGAGAUGGAAACUACUAUGCAUGUAAACAAAUGAAACAGCACUUUGAAAGCAUUGAGCAAGUGAACAGUCUCCGAGAGGUACAAGCUCUGAGGCGCCUGAAUCCACACCCAAACAUCCUCACGUUGCACGAAGUGGUUUUUGACAGAAAAUCUGGUUCUCUUGCACUAAUAUGUGAACUUAUGGACAUGAAUAUUUAUGAACUGAUACGAGGGAGAAGACAUCCGUUAUCGGAGAAAAGAGUCAUGCACUACAUGCACCAGCUGUGUAGGUCCCUCGAUCACAUGCACAGAAAUGGAAUAUUUCACAGAGAUGUAAAACCAGAAAACAUAUUAAUAAAGCAGGACGUCCUGAAGUUAGGGGACUUCGGGUCCUGCCGGAGCGUCUACUCCAAGCAGCCGUACACGGAGUACAUCUCCACCCGCUGGUACCGGGCCCCUGAGUGCCUCCUCACCGACGGCUUCUACAGCUGCAAGAUGGACCUGUGGAGCGCCGGCUGCGUCUUCUACGAGAUCGCCAGUCUGCAGCCACUCUUCCCAGGAGCCAACGAGCUGGACCAGAUCUCGAAGAUCCACGACAUCAUGGGCACGCCCCCUGCCAAGACCCUCACCAAGUUCAGACAGUCGAGAGCUAUGAGUUUUGAUUUUCCUUUUAAAAAGGGAUCAGGAAUACCUCUGCCGACAGCCAAUCUGUCCCCGCUGUGCCUCUCCCUCCUGCAUGCACUGGUGGUCUAUGAUCCCGACGAGAGAGUCACUGCCCACCAGGCCCUGCAGCACCCCUAUUUCCAAGAACAGAGGGCAGCGGAGAAACAGGCUCUGGGCAGCCACAGAAAAGCCGUCUCCCUGGAGCGCCCCGUGGCACCGGAACUACUCAGGAACAAGUGGCAGAUCUCCAAGGAGGGCAGCAAGCAGAAGCAGCUGCCGACGCAGGAGGACCGUCCCAGGAGACAGGGCCCGGCCUACCUGAUGGAACUGCCCCAGCUGAAGCUGCCGGGAGUGGCCAAGCUCUCGUGCUCCAGCCCCGACCUGCCGUCCGUGCUCAGGCCCGGAGGGAGCGGGAAGGUCCCGGUGCUGAGACCUCUGAAGUGUGGGGGCACCAACCAGAAGACAGAGGCGCAGAAGGACAUCAAGCCGAACCUGAAACAGUGCCGCCUGCCGACGCUAGACAGGAAAGGCGGGGCACACUGA